AUGGCGACAUAUGUCAAGGCCGUUAUUGAUCAAUACGAAUUGGGCUCCAAGCUUGGAUACUUCAUGCUCGAUAACGCGGAGAGUAACGAUACCUGCCUGGAGACGCUUGCUAAGUGGUUUCCAAUGGAUGUCAGGCGUCGGCACUUGCGCUGCCUCCGUGGGGCCACUGCUGAGUUCUAUUUUGAACUUUGGGCCAGGAAGGGCGCUAUAGGCUGGAACUCCAUUUGCCAUAUGAUUGAAUGCGCAUUGGAGAUUCGUAGCGCGAUCGAGCUGUAUCAAUACCGGGGGCAAAAGCCCCGGCACGACCCUAACCACCGCGAUCUAACCAACGAUUUCCUCAACGCCACGGACUGGGCUGAGCUCGAGCGCUUUUACCAUUUCCUCAAGCCUUUUUACAUCCUAACAAAAACCAUGGAAGGUAACGCCAACAAACCGGGGGCAGAAGGAGGCCACGGCGCCGUGUGGGAGACAUUGAAGACGAUGAACUAG